AUGAUAGUGAUCGGAGAGCCAGAGGUGGCGGCGAUGCUGCAGGGCCUGACGCUGGAGGAGUGCCGCGGGCUGCUGCAGGCCCUCUGGCGCAGUCUGGCGGCGUACUCCAGCGCCGACGGCAGCGUCCACCAGCCAAUGCGCGAGCAGAUCGUCACCGCGACCAACACCACGCUCUUCAUGCCAGCUUCCGACACGACCACGACCACCGGCGUCAAGGUCGUCACCCUGCCCGGCUGCGGCGGCCCGCCAGCUGGUGCCCUCGCCCUCUUCUCGCCCGCCGGCCAGCUCGAGGGCCUCCUCAGCGCCGAGACGAUCACCGCGUUUCGCACCGCCCUGGCCACCAUGAUCCCGUUUCACCUGUUCGCUACCAACAGCACUACCAACGGCGGUAACGGCGCCAGGCUAGUGGUGUUCGGCGCGGGCAGACAGGCCGAAUGGCACAUACGGCUAGCCCUGGCCUUAGCUCCCAUCUCCAGGGUCACGGUGGUCAACCGGGGACGGGCGGGCCUGGGAAAGCUGCAGGCCAGCCUCGAGACAGUCACCCGUCCAGAUGUUACAUUCGUCUACAUGUCUAGAGAAGAAGAAGGACGGCUGCAGGCUGCCGUGUCAGAAGCCGACGCCAUCUUCUGCUGUACCCCGUCCACCGAGCCGCUGUUCCCCCAUUCCUAUCUCCGUGGGGAAGGAGAAAAAGAAGAAAAAGAAGAAAAAGAAGCUGGGAGAAGGCGGUUUGUCUCCCUGAUAGGCUCGUACCGCCCACACAUGCACGAGGUCGACGCGGACACGUUGCUCUCGGGGCAGACGCUGCUAGUCGACUCCAGGCAGGCCUGUAUGGCGGAGGCGGGCGAGCUCAUCUCUGCGCGGGUCGACGAGCGCCAGCUGACGGAGAUUGGUCAAUUGCUGGCCUCCCCUGCCCUCUUCCCUCCUGCCGGCAACGUCGUCUUCAAGUGUGUGGGCAUGGGCAUCAUGGAUCUCGCGGUUGGGAGGGAGCUGCUCUGCCUUGCCGGUCGUAACGGGGUGGGCGUCUCCGUCGGCUUCUGA